AUUGGCCAGGCAGGAAGUAUAGGCGGGACUAACAGAGAGGAGAAUUGAGAGAACAGGAAGGCGGAAGGAGACACUGCCAACCGCCACCAUGACAGGCAGCACGUGAAGAUGCUGGUAAGCCACGAGCCACGUGGCAAGAUAUAGAUUUAUAGAAAUGGAUUAAUUUAAGAUAUAAGAACAGUUAGCAAGAAGCCUGCCAUGGCCAUACAUUUUAGAACAUAUAGCCCAGUCAAGAGUUUUAUUAAUACACCCUGCGUGAAGUUUUUUUCAAGAUGAGUUUGGAAGAUGCAAUUAAAUUAGGCAAAUGCAUUGCUUUUAACACUGCUGUUGUGAAUUCACCUUACCUGGAGGCUAACUACUGGAGGCCUGCACAGGUUCAAGCCAGAUGAGGUCCCAGCACUGAGAGAGGGAAGUGACCAUGGACUCACAGUCCUAACAAAGAAGCUAUCUGCAAUUAACACCUUCUGAUAAAAUUAGAUCAUUUGCUUACUUCAGUGAAUUCUGAACUCAAUUAUUCUUCUGCCUAUUGAACACCUGUGGUGGUAGAAGCUCUUCAUAAGGACCUUACAGUACAGUGUAUGAUAAAAGUUACAUGCUAUAUGUGUUCAUGAGGUCCAUGUGCCUUUGAGGAAGCCAGGAGGCACAUGGUAAAUGAGGAGGAUGAAAACCAAGAUGCAGAAAAAGUUUUUAAAGAAUAUCGCCCUGGAAAACUCAAACUGAGUUUUGAAGAAAUAGAAAGGCAAAGGAGAGAAGAUGAAAAAAGAAAAGCAGAGGAGGAGGCCUGAAGGAGAAUCGAGGAAGAGAAGGCGGCAUUUGCUGAAGCAAGGAGAAGCAUGGUAUUAGAUGAUGAUUCUCCACAGAUAUAUAAAACAGUUUCUCAAAAAUCUUUGAUGCCUGGAAAACUGGAGAUUAAUUUUGAAGAAUUAUUAAAACAAAAAAUGGAAGAAGAAAGACGACGAAUGGAGGAGGAAUGGAGGCAUAAACUAGAAAUGGAGAAACAGGGAUUUGAGCAACUGAGACAAGAAAUGGGAGAGGAAGAAGAAGAAAAUGAAAGUUUUGGAUUGAGUAGAGAAUAUGAAGAAUUAAUCAAAUUAAAAAGAAGUGGUUCUAUUCAAGCAAAAAGUCUAAAAAGCAAGUUUGAAAAAAUUGGACAGUUGUCUGAAAAAGAAAUACAGAAAAAGAUAGAAGAAGAACGAGCAAAGAGGAGAGCAAUUGACCUUGAAAUUAAAGAGCGAGAAGCAGAAAACUUCCACGAGGAAGAUGAUGUUGAUGUAAAGCCUGCAAAAAAAAGCGAAUCCCUCUUUACUCAUAAAGUGAACAUGAAAGCCAGAUUUGAACAAAUGGCUAAGGCAAGAAAAGAGGAAGAACAACGGAGAAUAGAAGAACAGAAG